AUGUUUACAGGGGCUCUUACCGCUCGGCGGGGGCAGCCUCCCCGCCCCGCCGCCCGCAGCGCACGUGACUGUGACGAGAUGAAUGAAGGGCCCGGGCCAGGGGCCACCGAGUACAGCAGAAAGUUUCAAAGCAGCAGUGAUGGUCCUGGGUAG